UAGCAUUUAGUGAUUACCUACCAUAGUAUUCCAUUUUAUGGAUGUUUUAUAAAUUAUUUAAGAAAUCACUUAUUAGGCUGAAAUAUUCAAAACUUUUCAAUUUCUUGAAGAGUUUUUCUGGCUCCUAUCACUUGACCAAUUUUUCACCUCAAGGUCAUGUGAAUUUUAGAGAUUUAGGAAUGUGGCAUUGGCUUUUACCAGGUGGGGUGCAAGUAUUUGAAGUAUUUGGCUGGUUUCCUAAAGAAUUAUUUUUGAUUUUUAGAGUAUGAAAACAGCUCUGCUAUUUUAUGCCAGGAGCUUCAUCCUUCAAUUGAGUGAUUUUGGGAAAUGAAUUAAUGAUAAUUUUGUAGAAAACUAAGCUUACAAAAAACAGGAUUUAUUUUAUUUUUUUUAUUUUUAUUUUUUUUUUUUGCAGUCACAACCAUGAGCCAUAGGAUUUAUUUUAAUCUCAGAGAAGAAAAACACUUAUGCAAGGAAGGCAAAAUAAUCUGCAUAUACUGCAUAGCACAGUUGGUAAUGGUGUUUACAAUAAUAUAAACUCAAUAUUUAUUUUAAAAUUUCUUUUAAAUAGUCAUCUACCCUGAAAUAGAAUAAAACCAUUUUGAAAGGACAAGGGGUCUGCAACUAUACAUAUAUGGGGUGGGAGGAUGGUGGGUUAAAGAUAGCUAAAACUAUGCCUUCCAUAAUAGGAGGUGAAUAGAUAAUGAUUAAAACUGAAAAAUCAGAAGUUGCAAUAUUUGCAUGUUAUUUAAAUGUAAAUUAUUUAAGAAAUCACCUAUUAAGCAGAAAUAUUCAAAAUGUUCCAACUUUAAUACCAAAAGAGGUGAAAAUUUUUGCCUCUGGAUUUGGAAGAUGGGGGCAGAGUAGCAACGAUGGAACUGUUAGGGCUUUUUGUAAUAUUCCUUGCAUAGCUAUGUUUAAUUUAUGUCCAGGUAUAAGUGAUACAAAUUUUUAAUUAAAAAAUUCAGAGACUCCAGAGAACAAAAUAAAGAUCACCUGGGAUAACAUCAAGUAGAGGUAACACAAUAAAAUUUUAUUCCAGUUUACAGAUUAUUUUAUACACAUGCAUAUAUACAUGUACGUAUGCAUAUGUAGCUUUCCUGCCAAAAUAUGAUUACAUUACAAUAAUAUUUUUUAAUCUGUUUUCUUCCCCAAACAAUGUGUAGUGACCAUCUUUCUAUGAUGUCAAAUAAGAAUUUUACCUUCAUUUUUAAUGAGUGUUUAGUUUUCAAUUGUGUGAAUGCCUAAUAAUUUAUUUAACAUUGUUGAAGGAAAUUUAUGUUCUUUCCAGAUUUUUUUGUCCCAUUAUAAACACUUUCUAUCCAUACAUCAUUUCAUUCUUUAUAAAUCAUACAAUUGAGUAUCCGUUUCCCCAAAACCUUAGUAAAUAUGAGGUAUCAUACAUUUUUCAAAUCUGCAAAUCCAUUUCCCUUAAUAUGCAUCUCCUUAGUUCCUAGUGAAUUCUAACUAGUGAGUGGAUGGGUUAUUUCUACUUUCUAGAGAAUCAUCCAUGUUCAGGUUUCACAAAUUCACUGUUCUCAGCUGGAAAGGUGAGAAUGAAGGGAGGAAGGUCUGCUCAGGAUGGGUCUGCACAAACCAUUCUCAGGUCCACACUAGCCUGCCAGGGGUGGGAGAUGGUACUACCUGGAAUCUCCGGCUGAAAUGUCUGGGCAUGAGCCUCGACACAGAAGAGUCUCUGCUUUGUAUCUAUGCAGCUGAUUUCUCUGUGGUUUGGGGGAGGAUAUAUAUUUGUCUAAACUACCUCUUACCUGUCAUAACUUGUCUGUGUGUCGGGGAGGUGGGUUGCAUAUAGGAAUGGAGAAGGAGUGUAGGUUUUAAACCUUGGAAGCUCUGAGGCAAUUCUGUUCUCAUGGCUUUACAUUCUUCCCCCAGCUCUGGCUUCUGUCGACCCUGCUUCUCCAGUGUAUGAACCCUGAGGAAAACUGACCAGUUCUUGAAAUCCUGAAAUCAUGGCUCAUGAUUUGGUGAUGUUCAGAGAUGUGGCUGUAGACUUUUCUCAGGAAGAGUGGGAAUGCCUGAACUCGUAUCAGAGGAAUUUGUACAGAGAUGUGAUAUUAGAGAACUAUAGCAACUUGGUGUCAUUGGCAGGCUGUUCCAUUUCUAAGCCCGAUGUGAUUACUCUGUUGGAAGAAGGGAAAGAGCCCUGGAUGGUUGUAAGGGAUGAGCAAAGAGGAUGGAGCCCAGAUUUGGAAUCCAAGUAUGACACUAAAAAGUUAUUUAAAGAAAAAGAUAUUUAUGAAAUGAAUUUAUCUCAAUGGGAGAUGAUGGAAAGAAUUAAAAGCUGUGGACUUGAAGACUCCCUUUUCAGAAAAGAUUGUGAGUGCAAAAAGUUUGAGGGACAAGAAGGUCCUCAUGAGGUAUAUUUCAGACAAGUGCCAAAAAUCACCUCCGAAAAAAUGCCAAUUUAUAGAAAACUCGCGUCUCUUACUCUGUAUCAGAAAAGUCGUAAUAGAGAGAAACCCUAUGAAUGCGGGGAAUGUGGGAAGGCUUUUAGAGUACGCCAACAACUUACUUUCCAUCAAAGAAUUCAUACUGGUGAGAAACCAUAUGAAUGUAAAGAAUGUGGAAAAGCCUUUAGACAGUGUGCCCACCUUAGUCGACAUCAGAGAAUUCAUACUUCUGACAAACUCUAUGAAUGUAAAAAAUGUGGAAAAAUCUUUACAUGUGGUUCAGACCUUCGAGUACAUCAGAGAGUUCACAUUGGUGAGAAGCCGUAUCAAUGUAAGGAAUGUGGAAAGGCCUUUAGAGUACGGGGACAACUUAAUCUCCAUCACAGGAUUCAUACUGGUGAGAAACCCUACGAAUGUAAGGAAUGUGGGAAGGCCUUCAGACAAUAUGCCCACCUUACUCGGCAUCAGAGACUGAACAUUGCUGAGAAGUGCUAUGAGUGUAAGGAAUGUGGUCAGACUUUUCUGUGUAGUACAGGCCUUCGAAUACAUCACAAACUUCAUACUGGUGAAAAACCCUAUGAGUGUAAGGAGUGUGGCAAGGCCUUUCGAGUGCGGCAACAACUUACUCUCCAUCAGAGAAUUCACACUGGUGAGAAGCCCUAUGACUGUAAGGAAUGUGGGAAGACCUUUAGUCGUGGAUAUCAUCUAACUCUCCAUCAGAGAAUUCAUACGGGUGAGAAACCUUACGAAUGUAAAGAAUGUCAGAAGUUCUUUCGUCGUUACUCAGAACUUAUUUCACAUCAGGGUAUUCAUAUUGGAGAGAAACCUUAUGAAUGUAAGGAAUGUGGGAAGGCCUUUAGAUUGUUCUCACAACUUACUCAACAUCAGAGUAUUCAUUUUGGUGAGAAACCCUACAAAUGUAAAGAAUGUGAGAAGACUUUUAGAUUGCUCUCUCAGCUUACUCAACAUCAGAGUAUUCAUACUGGUGAAAAACCCUAUGACUGUAAGGAAUGUGGAAAGGCAUUUCGACUUCAUUCAUCACUUAUUCAACAUCAGAGAAUUCAUUCUGGCGAGAAACCAUACAAAUGUAAGGAAUGUAAUAAGGCAUUUAGACAACAUUCACAUCUUACUUACCAUCAGCGAAUUCAUAAUGUAACUGAAUGAUUACAAGUACUCGUCCAUCGUGAACUUCGUGGUAAGGAGCAGUAGAAAAUAAAUUCUACAGGAAAUUUUUUGAAUGUAGGAAUUCCUUUUUCUUCAUGCUCACAACUAAUUUAGCAUAAUAAGUUUUAUUUAAUGGAAAAUAUAUUAAUUUAAUGAAUAUAUAGUAGCCUUUCAUCACCAUUCAAUCUGUGUUAAAUUUUAGAAAAUUCUUUCUAGAAAGGAACUUUAUUAAAGGAGUGAAUGUGGAAAACGUUUUGAUCUUAGCUACUAUCAUCUCUAUAUUCUUCCAUCUGUGUAUUAAUGCGUGGAGAUUGCCAGGGCAUGAACCCAUUCUGAAAAUUGAUGAAAGAAAAGUCAUUUAGCCUGCAUUUCCUGUGUGUACUGUAUUUCAGGACAACCAGAAGUUGAGGUAAAGUUCUUUAUUAGAGAAUUCCAGCUAAACAAUGCAGAAAGAAUUAUAGCAAUAGCAAAUUAUAUUAGGAAAACUAUUUUAUAACAUAUAAUGAAAUAAUGGAUCUAGGCAUGAUUUUCAGUAGAGGUUAAAAACAUUAAGUGUGAAAGGUUAACAUGAACUUUACAGUGAUUAGAUCAGUCUGACAACAUCUGAACCCACUGAUCAGUCUUAAUCUUACAAAUAGUAGGACAAUAAAACAUUAUGCACCUCCUAAUGUGAUACAAUAAGAUAUACACAUCUUGCUAAAAAGAUUGAACCUGAAUUUAAUCAUCAAGAUCUAACUCCCAGUUUAGAGAAAGAUCAAGGACAAAUUACAUGAUAUAACAAGAAACCAUUAAAUCUAAAAUGUGGGAAAUUCUACAGGAGGAAUGACCCUAUUUCUAAACCAAUAAGAUGGCAUUUAAAAUAAGGAGGUGGAACCCUUAGAUAUUAAAAGAGACUUAAGAGACAUCAAUUAAAUGCAAUGAAAGAGCGGUUAUUAUUUAGAUCCUGAGUUGAACAAACACAUAAAGGAAAGACAUUUUUACAACAGUUGGGAAAAUGGGAAUAAUGCAGUGUUAGAUAAUGUAAAGAGAUUUGGUUAGGUGUGAUAAUACCAUUGUGUUUAUGUAACAGUCUAUUUGUUAGAGAUAAAUUCUAAAGUUUAUACACAUUAGAUGAUAGAUACAAUGUCUGGAAUCUCCUUUUGCUCAUGCAAAAGAAAAGUGAGGAUGGAUAACUUAAAUUUGGCAAAAUGACGGUAAGACAAGUCUUGGGUGUAAGGCUGGUGUCAGGCCCCCCACCUCUCCCUAGAUCAAAAAAGAAAAGGCUCAUGAGACCAGACCCUCCAAGGACAAAACUGCUAGACCCCGCUGAGAAGAACCACACCCAGAUGUCCACCUGGAUAAGAACGUUUUGGCUCCUGGGUUCCGCAAAUACCGCCAGCCCCUCCUAUUUCUCAAUGACCACCCAAGGUCACAAUGGAAAAUCCCCAGCUCUUCCCGCCAAAAGUCCCUAGCUAGGCCCAAAAGAUAUGAAAGGCCUCAGCGCCUUCAAACGGAGGCGACUUCUGGGGUCCCCCUCUCUUGAGACUCCAGAACCUCGUCCAGGGGUGUAUAAUAAAGCCACAUGCUUUGGCCCCCACUCUUUCUCUCUCUCUGUCUUGUCUUCUCGCCACUGCUAAAAACCCUUACAUUGGCUAUAUGGCUUUUAUUUGUUUUUGCUGUUUUCUCUACUUAUAUGUAUUUGAAAUUUUCCAAAAUGUUCUUUUAGCCACUCUGGUACCGCGCUCACUGGCCACAAAAACUUGCCCACAGCCGGCACUCAGUCCGCAUGAUAGUUUGUGCUGUGCAUUGACGAAGAAUCCAUUUUGCUC